AGAUAUUCAAAACCAAAUGUAAACAAAUUAAGAAGGGAGAUCGAGUCUCACCUUGGUGUAGAGAAGUACUACGUACAAGAAUUUUUCCAAGAUGAUUUCUGGGGCCACUUCUUGUUUCCCUAACGUUUCACAAGGGUUACAGAUGUAUGAUAGUCUCCCCCAAGAAGGGAUGGUUCCUUCCUCUCUAGAACAACAAACCUCCACAUGGGAAAGCCACUCAAACUCUCUCCUCUACACCCUCUCCCUCCUCAAAGAAAAGGUUCACCAGGUCGAAUCACUGGUCACCAUCUUCAUCUCCCCGAAUCAAGCCCAGCCCCCAAAGUCAACCGCCAUCGCCAUAGCCAGCAUGGGCGCCUUGGUCCAAGAAGUUAUGGUCACCGCCUCCUCCCUCAUGUUCACCUGUCAACAGAUGUCCGCGGGUUCAAGUCCUGCUAACAACAACGCAAGUGCUGCUAAUGAAGUACUGCACAGAGCUGGCGGCACUUCAAGUCAACCAAACAUCAGGGGCCGCGAAGAACGAUCGGGACAAGGGUUCUAUAAUCCAGGCGAAAGCACGCUCGAUCACUGGUACGCUUGCGAUCCAAAUAACAAUACCAGCAAUCAAACUAAUAUCAACAUCUCUGACAGAAAUGAAGCCGGUAGGAGGGAGAAGGAGAGGGAGUUGACUAAAAGCGGUCACGAAAACAACGAAGGAUCGCCAAAGAACUACGAUAUUAUAGAGCUGGAUGCGGCAGAUUUACUGGCUAAGUACACCCACUAUUGCCAAGUUUGUGGGAAAGGAUUCAAGCGCGACGCGAACCUGAGGAUGCACAUGAGGGCUCAUGGGGAUGAGUACAAGUCAAGCGCGGCGUUGAGCAACCCGAUGAAGAAUAUUAACAACAAUAUCACGGGCGUAGGUUGCGAUGACGGAGACAAGAACGGCACGAUGCUGCUGCCGAGGAAGUACUCGUGCCCGCACGAAGGCUGUAGGUGGAACCGGAAGCACGCCAAGUUCCAGCCGCUGAAGUCGAUGAUCUGCGUGAAGAAUCACUACAAGAGGAGCCACUGCCCGAAGAUGUACGUGUGCAAGAGGUGCAACCGGAAGCAGUUUUCGGUGCUCUCGGAUUUGAGGACUCAUGAGAAGCACUGCGGGGAUUUGAAGUGGGUGUGUUCGUGCGGGACCACUUUUUCUAGGAAGGAUAAGCUUCUGGGUCACUGUGCUUUGUUCGUCGGGCACGCUCCGGCGACUCCUCCGGCCUGUGGCACGACAACGAUGACGACGAAAGUGAUGGGGAAAGUCGAACAACAACAACAACACGAUCAGGUGCAAAUUAGAGUGAAUAAUAGGUAAAAGUUAAAGGAUCAUCAUUUAACUACCAAAAAAAAAAAGUUCAUCAUGUGUGAAGAUAUAUCAAUCUCCUCUUUUUGUUGUAUUUUUUGUGGUUGUGUUGAUGACUUUGUAAUAGUUAGCUACGAUUUUUAGUGAACAUGGGUCAGGAAUUAAUGUUUACUGAUUUUCUUCUUUGUUA